AUGGGUUAUCAAGAAGACCCCGAGUCAAAAGCCGUCGAGGCUCCCAACGUUUCAGACACUUCACCUGGUGUCUUGAUCGAUCACAACUCCGUCGACAGAGAAUAUGGCCGAACCGUACGAGGUCUCUCCCCUCGACAUGUUCAGCUAAUGGCCAUCGGUGGCUCCAUCGGUACCGGUCUCUUCGUUGGUAUCGGUGGUGUCCUCUCCAAGGCUGGUCCUCUCUCUGUCGUUCUCGGUUACUUGAUCUGGGGUGUCUUCUUCGUCUGGCCUUGCAACUUGUGUGUUGCCGAGAUGUGCUCUUACCUCCCUAUCCGUGGUUCCAUCUUUGAGCUUGCUGCCCGUUUCGUCGACCCUGCACUUGGAUUUGCUAUGGGAUGGACAUAUUUCUACGCCGGUCUUAUGCUUGUUUGUGUCGAAUACAGUGCUGUAGCGACACUGAUGCAAUAUUGGGUUCCUGAUAUCAAUCCUGCAGCUUGGGUUGCGAUGGCAAUGGUCAUUUGCGUUCUGCUCAACGUUGUUGCUGUCAAGUACUAUGGUGAGGCUGAAUUCAUCAUGGCUUCUCUCAAGGUUAUCCUCCUCUUCGGUCUCCUCUUCAUCACUCUCAUCACCAUGUGCGGUGGCAACCCCAAGGGCGACGCAUACGGAUUCCGAUACUGGAAGGGCGGCAAGGCUAUGCAACCCUACCACGCCGAGGGAGAUCUUGGUAAAUUCUGCGGCUGGUGGAAGGUUGUCCUCUAUGCUGGUUUCACCAUUGCUGGUCCCGAUAUGAUCUCUCUAUCCUCCGGUGAGAUCGCCAACCCUCGACGAACUAUUCCCCGAGUCGCCAAGCUUAUCUUCUACCGACUUGUUGGUUUCUACGUCUUUGGUGUAUUGGCUGUUGGUAUCAUCUGCUCUUCUGAUGACAAGCGUCUGCUCGGUGCUAUUGAGAACAGCGCCGCUGGUGCUGCCGCUUCUCCCUGGGUCAUUGGCAUUGAGAAUCUUGGUAUCCACGGCCUCCCCAGCUUGAUCAACUUCCUCAUCCUCACUUCCGGUCUCUCUUGCGGAAACGCCUACCUCUACUCCUCUUCUCGAACCCUCUACGGUCUUGCUCGCGAUGGCCAGGCCCCUGCUUUCCUCAUGAAGUGUAACAAGGCUGGUGUCCCAAUGUACUGUGUCCUCACCGUCAGCGUCAUCAGCUGCAUCACCUUCCUCGUCGCUGGCGAAUCCUCUGUUACCGUUUUCUUCUGGUUCGUCGACCUCACCACCACCGGUCUCAUCGCCACCUACACCAUGAUGAUCGUUGUCUUCAUCGGUUGGUUCCGCGCUCGCAAUGCUCAGGGUAUGGACAAGUCUGUCCUGCACUACAUCGCUCCUUUCAACCCUUGGGCUGCCUACGUCGGUCUCUUCCUCGGUGUCACUGCCCUAAUCUUCAUCGGUUUCGACAAGUUCGAGCCUUGGAGCACUCAGGGUUUCGUCACCAGCUACUUCUGUCACGCUUAUGCUGCUGUUCUGUUCAUUGUUUGGAAGGUCCUCAAAAAGACUAAGUUUGUCAACCCUGAGACAGCCGAUCUUGUCAGUGGCAAGAAGGAGGUUGACGAGGAGUGCAAGCACUGGGAGGAGGGCGGUAUUGAAGAGAACUAUAAGCGUGAACUUGCUGCUAUGCCUUUCUGGAAGAGGUGCUGGGAGCGUAUGUGGUAA